AUGAUGCUAACUGUGCUUAGGCACACAAAGACACCGGUUAAGUUCUGGUUCCUCAAAAACUAUCUAUCUCCUACUUUCAAGGAGAUUAUUCCCUAUAUGGCGGCGGAGUAUAACUUUCAAUACGAGCUUGUACAGUAUCAAUGGCCCCGAUGGCUGCGUCGCCAGACAGAGAGACAACGCAUAAUUUGGGGCUAUAAGAUCCUCUUUCUCGAUGUACUCUUCCCUCUUCGUGUUAAGAAGAUCAUUUUUGUGGACGCCGAUCAGGUGAGCUAG